CGCUUACAGAAUCAAAUCAAAAUCAAAAUACUUCAAAAGCUGCAGAUUAAUCGCAUUCAAAAUCAGAUUUCUUCUUCUGUUCGAUUGAGUUGCUAGAAUGGCUGGAAAAGGCGAAGGACCGGCGAUCGGAAUCGAUCUAGGCACGACCUACUCGUGCGUCGGAGUGUGGCAGCACGACCGCGUCGAGAUCAUCGCCAAUGAUCAGGGAAACCGCACCACGCCGUCGUAUGUUGCUUUCACUGACACCGAGCGCCUCAUCGGUGACGCCGCCAAAAAUCAGGUCGCUAUGAACCCUACCAACACUGUUUUCGAUGCAAAACGGUUAAUCGGUAGAAGAUUCAGCGAUCCUUCUGUACAGAGCGACAUGAAGCUGUGGCCGUUCAAGGUCAUCGCGGGGCCGGCCGACAAGCCUAUGAUCAUCGUCAACUACAAGGGCGAAGAGAAGCAAUUCGCUGCCGAGGAGAUCUCCUCCAUGGUCCUCAUCAAGAUGAGGGAGAUCGCAGAGGCGUAUCUCGGCUCCAGCAUCAAGAACGCUGUCGUCACGGUGCCUGCCUACUUCAACGACUCUCAGCGCCAGGCCACCAAGGACGCCGGCGUCAUUGCUGGCCUCAACGUCAUGCGUAUCAUCAACGAGCCGACUGCUGCUGCCAUUGCCUAUGGACUUGAUAAGAAGGCGAGCAGCGCGGGGGAGAAGAACGUGCUCAUUUUCGACCUUGGGGGUGGUACUUUUGAUGUCUCCCUCCUCACGAUCGAGGAAGGCAUCUUCGAGGUCAAGGCCACGGCCGGAGACACGCAUCUUGGUGGUGAGGAUUUCGACAAUAGGAUGGUGAACCACUUUGUGCAGGAGUUCAAGAGGAAGCAUAAGAAGGAUAUUGGCAACAAUCCGAGGGCUUUGAGGAGGUUGAGAACUGCGUGCGAGAGGGCAAAGAGGACGCUCUCGUCGACGGCUCAGACGACUAUUGAGAUCGAUUCGUUGUACGAGGGUGUUGAUUUCUACUCCUCCAUCACUCGUGCUAGGUUCGAGGAGAUGAACAUGGACUUGUUUAGAAAGUGUAUGGAGCCGGUGGAGAAGUGUUUGAGGGAUGCAAAGAUGGAUAAGAGCAGCGUUGACGAUGUUGUGCUCGUUGGUGGCUCGACGAGGAUUCCGAAGGUGCAGCAGCUGCUGCAGGAUUUCUUCAACGGGAAGGAGCUCUGCAAGAGCAUCAAUCCAGACGAGGCCGUGGCAUAUGGUGCUGCGGUUCAGGCGGCCAUCUUGAGCGGGGAAGGGAACCAGAAGGUGCAGGAUCUUCUCCUUCUCGACGUGACACCGCUCUCGUUGGGGCUCGAGACGGCCGGAGGCGUCAUGACGGUGCUCAUCCCGAGGAACACCACCAUUCCCACCAAGAAGGAGCAGAUUUUCUCUACAUACUCAGAUAACCAGCCAGGUGUUCUGAUCCAAGUCUACGAAGGCGAAAGAACGAGAACACGGGACAACAACCUUCUCGGGAAAUUCGAGCUCUCGGGGAUCCCUCCAGCUCCCCGAGGUGUACCUCAGAUCAGCGUCUGCUUCGACAUUGACGCCAACGGCAUCUUGAAUGUCUCGGCCGAGGACAAGACGACAGGGCAGAAGAACAAGAUCACGAUCACGAACGACAAGGGGCGGCUGUCGAAGGAGGAGAUCGAGAAGAUGGUGGAGGAGGCCGAGAGGUACAAGGCCGAGGACGAGGAGGUGAAGAAGAAGGUGGAGGCGAAGAACGCGCUGGAGAACUAUGCGUACAACAUGAGGAACACGAUCAAGGACGAGAAGAUCGCGUCGAAGCUCGAUGCUGCGGACAAGAAGAAGAUCGAGGAUGCCAUCGAUGGUGCGAUCCAGUGGCUGGAGGGGAACCAGCUCGCGGAGGCGGAUGAGUUCGAGGAUAAGAUGAAGGAGCUGGAGGGUCUCUGCAACCCGAUUAUCGCCAAGAUGUAUCAGGGCAGUGGUGGCGUUGAUGGCAUGGAUGAAGAUGGCCCGUCUGUUGGCGGUGGUGCUGGCGGUAGCAGCGGCGGUGGUGCUGGCCCCAAGAUUGAGGAAGUUGAUUAAGCUUUUAAUAAUUGGUGGACUUGGUUGUUUUUGUUAUCGUCUAAUAUCGGAACUUAGUAGUACUAGUAUUUCUAUAUUCCUGCUUUAUAUGUUCUGUACUUGUUUUUUGUGUGAUAUAAUAAAGUGAUAUUUCUAUCUUCCUCUGCA